CACCUGCUCUGCCGAAUGCAUAACUGAAAGGGCGGCGCGGAGGAGCUGUCAUAACUAAGAGGGAUGGUCCGAAGGCGGGACGCCCAUUUGUUCUUUCCGAGCUUCCUACCUUUCCCUAGUCCCGAGCUCUGGCGUCACGCGCCACAAACAAAUAUGGCGAAACUUUUGUGGCUUCCCUCCAUUCAGCCAAUAGGAGUAGCCGCUCUAAAUUGUCACUCCCCCUCCCAUCGGGUGGGAUCUGUCACCUGACACAGCUAAACAUGGCUGCGCUGGAAGCUCAGUUGCUUUGGGCGCGGGGAGCAGGUACUGCACGAACGAGGAAAUUGAGGAUGUGCUUGGCAUAACUCAUCCUGCUCCAUCUCCCUCCACUCUGCUGGGAAAAUGCAGCACCCAUUUGGAAAAGAGGAAGCUGCCUCCCAGAAGCAGCUUUGGGGAUUUUUCUGUGAGUGCCUGCGGAGGGGAGAAUGGGAGCUGGCACAGGCAUGUGUACCACAGCUACACGAGGGACAAGGGGAUAUCCCAAAGAGGGUGGAAGACGUACUUCAGGCCCUGGUGGUGUGUCCACAUUUGCUGAGAUGCGGGCAGGAUAUCAGCCCUCAAAGAUUAGCAUGGGUCUGGCUUCUUGUACUGGAAAAAUGGUUUGCCCAGGAAAAGAAAUUACUCCCAGCUGUUUUCCGGAGAAAGCUUGAGUUUCUUUUAUUGUCAGAAGACCUACAAGGUGACAUUCCAGAGGACAUCCUCAAGGAGCUAUAUGAAAUCGUAGCACAAGACACGGAAGGCCCUGUGCCGGAUGGAAAUAGGAAGUGGGAAAGCUGGCCCCGUCGGCUCAGCUCAGAAGCUGUCUCUGUGCUCUGGGAUCUUCUGAGGCAGGCUCCCCAGCCAGCACAGGCCUUGCUGGAGUUCCUGCUGAGGGAGGACGACAGCACCAGCCUCUGUGGCUGGCCUCUGCAGAAGGCACUGGUGGACCUCAUUCAGAAGGCACUGAAGGCUUUGCACGGCCCUGACGCUGGGCCCCCUGGAGUAGUAGAUGCCAUCUAUGGAGCUCUGCGGACUCUGCGUUGCCCUGCAGAGCCCCUCGGGGUUGACUUGCGCCUCCUGUGUGAGGCACUACUGGAGGCCUGUAGGAACGAGGGGAGCCCACUGCAAGAGGAUCGGCUGCUCAGCUGCCUCCUGCACAAGGCUGGACGAGGUCUGCUCUCCCUGUAUGGCCAUACCUAUGCAGAGAAGGCCACUGAAAAGCCACUGAGGGUCACAUCCUCAGGAAAAGUCUCACUGGAUCAUCUGGAUUCUGAGCGGGCAAUGCUAGCUCUGUUCUCCAAUCCUGACCCAGCCCAGGCUUGGAAAGUGGCCUAUUUCUACUGUCUGAGCAAUAGCAAACACUUCCUCGAGCAGAUCCUGGUGACAGCACUAACACUGUUGAAAGAGGAAGACUUCCCAAGUCUUGGCUGCCUACUAGACAGAGAAUUCAGGCCCCUCAGCCGACUCCUCGUGCUUCUGGGCUGGACACACUGCCAGAGCCUAGAGUCAGCUAAGAGGCUGCUGCAUACACUCCACAGGACUCAGGAUCAAGGCUGCGAUAAGCUCCUCAGGGAUGCCUGUGAUGGGUUGUGGGCUCACCUGGAGGUCCUGGAGUGGUGUGUACAGCAGAGCAGCAACCCCAUACCAAAGAGAGAUCUCCUGUGUCAUUUACAUGGUGGAGACGGCCACUCAGUGCUCUACUCUCUCCAUCACCUCACAAACCUUCCAGCCCUCAGGGAGGAAGAUGUUCUCAAGCUCUUACGAAAGGUGCCAGCCAAGGACCCCCAGCAAGAGCAUGAUUUAACUGAUGCCCCACUCCCUGACCACCUGGGCCAGUGUCAGAACCUUACACUCUACCAGGGCUUCUGUGCCAUGAAGUAUGCCAUCUAUGCCCUCUGCGUGAAUUCACACCAGCACUCACAGCGCCAGAACUGCAGAGAAGGUCCCUCUGAGGACCUGGCCUCGGUCGUGGAGCCAGUGAAUGACUUGCUCUCCUCCCCAGGUGCUUCAAAUCUCUUCUCAACAUACCUGGCCAGGUGUCAACAGUAUCUGCGUAGUAUCCCUGACUCGUUGUGCCUGGAACUUCUGGAAAACAUCUUCUCCUUGCUCCUUAUCACCUCUGCUGAUCUUCACCAAGAGCCUCACCUACCUGAGGACUAUGCUGAGGAUGAUGACUUUGAGAGGAAAAGCUCCUUGUGUUUGAGGUCCCUAUCAGAGAGCCCUCAGCACAUAGCUCAGCCUGAGAGGAAGUCAGAACAGGGUUUUCUGGGAGUCUCCAGAAGCCUUGCUUAUACACUUCCAAGCUGUCUGAAGGCAGAGCCAAAAGACAGUUACCCAGGGCCUCAUGGGCACAGCUUUUUGGACCUAAAGCACUUUACUAGUGGUAUCAGUGGAUUCCUGGCUGAGGAGUUUGCAAUGGGGGCCUUCCUCAGGCUUCUCCAGGAACAGCUAGAUGAGAUCAGCAGCCGCAACCCUCCUGAGAAGCCAAAGCUGCUAGAAGCCCAGAGCUGCUUAGGAAGCAAAGAUGGGCUGCAGAGCCGCCUGCAUCGAUUUUCCAAGGUUCUCUCUGAGGCCCAGUGGAGAUACAAGGUGGUAACAAGCAACCAGGCCUCAGAGGGGCAUCUGAUACCCUCCCAAAAAUACCAACCUGUUGCCACAUGGCACCCCAGUCUCCGCCAGGGUCGUCAGACACGAAGGAGCCAGGCAGAUGGCCGGGACAGAGAUUCCAACCCAUCCCUGGAAAGUACAAUUAGUGAACUGAGCACAAGUACUUCAGAGGGGAGUCUGAGCCCUGUGUCUGGGCAGAAUGAGCUGGAUGGCCGGUUGCAGCCCCAACCUCAAAGUUCACUCAUCCCCAUGAUGUUCUCCCCACCCGAGUCACUGCUGGCAUCCUGCAUCCUCCGGGGGAACUUUGCAGAAGCCCAUCAGGUGGUGUUCAUGUUCAACCUGAAGUCCUCGCCCAGCUCAGGAGAACUGAUGUUCAUGGAGCGCUACCAGGAGGUGAUCCAGGAGCUGGCCCGAGUAGAGCACGAGAUUGAAAACCAGAAUUCAGAUGCGGGCAGUGGCACCACUCGGAGAACUGGCAGUGGUCGCUCAACUCUACAGGCCAUCGGCAGUGCUGCGGCAGCAGGCAUGGUAUUUUACUCCAUAUCUGAUGUGACCGACAAGCUACUCAGUACCUCUGGAGACCCCAUCCCCACACUCCAAGAGGACUUUUGGAUAAGUAGCACCCUGGUGGAUAGCACCCUAGUGGAGCCCACUGCUCCCCUGAAAGAAGUUCUGGAAGACCUCAGUCCCCCUGCCAUGGCUGCCUUUGACCUAGCUUGCUGUCAGUGCCAGCUCUGGAAAACUUGCAAACAACUCUUGGAAACAGCCGAACGGCGUCUGAACAACAGCCUUGAGAGCCGGGGUCGACGGCCAGAUCAUGUACUGCUCAACGCUGAUGGCAUUCGAGGAUUUCCAGGUGUUCUUCAGCAAAUCAGUAAGAUUCUCAAUUAUCUGCUUAUGUCAGCAGGACAAACUAAAUCAGAGAAUGUAGAAGAAAAAGGAGGAGGGCCUCCACGGUACAGCAUCACCGAGCUUCUCCAGAUGUGCUGGCCCACCCUAACUGAGGACUGUAUUGCCAGCCAGAUCACCCUCUCCCAACAGCUCGAACAGGUCGUUCAGUCACUGAGAAAGGCACUAGAGCUGUCAGAGCCCAAGAGUACUCCGCUCUCUUCCUUGGUGGAGCAGGCGGCCCAGAAAGCUCCUGAGGCAGAGGCCCACCCUGUGCACAUCCAGACUCAGCUCCUCCAGAAGAAUCUAGACAGACAGACCCCAGCAACCGGCAGGCAGGCUGACUACGUGGGCACCUUCUUCAGUUACUGCAGCACCCUGGCUGCGGUUCUCCUGCGAAGUUUGAGUGCUGAGCCUGAUCAGGUGGUGGUCAAGGUCGGCAAUCCCUUUGUUCUCCUGCAGCAGAGCUCUUCCCAACUGGUGUCACAUCUCCUACUUGAGAGACAAGUUCCCCCAGACAGGCUGGCAACCCUUCUGGCCCGGGAGGGUCUUGGCCUGAGUGUGCCACACGUCAUCAUCAACUGCUGCUGUGAGCCCCUUGCCCUUUGCUCCUCCCGGCAAAGCCAGCAGACAUCAUCCCUUCUGACCCACCUGAGCAUCCUGGCCCAGCUGCACACCUCCCACUGCCUGGAUGGCCUUCCACAUUCUACACCAAGCUCCCCAAGGCCAACUGAGAAUCCCACGUUGGAGAGAAAGCCCCGCAUCUCCCCAAGGGAUUCAUGUCCCACAGCCCUCACCUCUUCUGCCUUGGCCUUCCUGAAGUCCAGCUCAAAGCUGCUGGCUACAGUGGCCUGCCUGGGGGCCUCCCUGGGGACAAAGGCCACCAAGCCCAGCUUGUCAUGGAAGGAGCUUCGUGGCCGCAGGGAGGUGCCUCUGACAGCAGAGCAGGUAGCCCGGGAGUGUGAGCGCCUCCUGGAGCAGUUCCCUACUCUUGAGGCCUCCCUCCUGGCUGCCUGGAAGCCUCUCCGAGGCUCCUCUGAGCAGGGGCAGAGUCUGGCAGUGAGUCUCUGUGGUCAGGCCAGUCUCUCGACUGUCCUCCUGGGCCUGCAUUCUCCCAUUGCCCUGGAUGUGCUGACUGAGGCCUUCGAGGAAGCACUGGUGACCAGAGAUUGGCCCCGGGCCCUUGAGUUCACCUAUGAGUAUGGGCAAGAAGUGGACGAGUUGAGCAGCGUAAAGGAUGCAGUUCUGAGCCUUGCUGCAGCAUGUGACAAAGAAGGUUGGCAAUACCUGUUUGCCGUGAAGGAUGCAUCUCUAAGAAGUCAGUUGACGCUGCAGUUUAUAGACAGGUGGCCCCUGGAGUCAUGCCUAGAGAUCCUGGCCUACUGCAUUUCAGACCCCACUGUCCAGGAAGGACUGAAGUGUGAGCUGCAGACAAAGCUGGCAGAGCUACGGGCGUAUCAGAAGAUUCUAGCUUUGCAGGCUACCCCAGUGUGGUGUGACUGGCAGACCCUAAGGACCUGUUGUGUGGAGGACCCAUCAACUGUGAUGAACAUGAUUCUAGAAGCAAAGGAGUACGGCCUUUGUGAGGAAUGGGGCUGCCUAUACCCCAUUCCAAGAGAACAUUUAAUCAGCCUACACCAAAAGCAUCUUCUCCACCUUCUAGAAAGAGGAGAUUCUGAGAAGGCUCUGCAACUCCUGCAAAGAAUCCCUGACCCCACCAUGUGCCUUGAAGUCACAGAGCAGUCCCUUGACCAGCACCCUAGCCUGGCCACUUCGCACUUCUUGGCCAACUACCUCACAACCAACUUCUAUGGAGAACUUACUGCUGCCCGACACCAUGAAAUUCAGGCGCUGUACAUGGGAUCCAAGGUUCUGCUGACCCUGCCUGAGCAGCACCGGGCCAGCUAUGCCCACUUGUCCUCCAGCCCCCUGCUCAUGCUGGAACAGCUGCUGAUGAACAUGAAAGUGGACUGGGCCACAGUGGCUGUGCACACGCUGCAGCCGCUGCUGGCCGGGCAGGAGAUUGGCUUCACCAUGGAGGAUGUUGACUCACUGCUUUCCAGAUACGCAGGAAAAGCACUGGACUUCCCAUACACUCUGAGGGAGAAACGAUCAGAUUCUGUGAUUCACCUUCUGGAAGUUGUCAGUCUGGUUUCAGACCCUGAGACUUUGACUAAAUCAUCAUCAGCAGAGUUCUCUUCUGCCGCUCCUCCUGGUAUCUCGACUGUACAUUCCCCAAGCCCAAGGGAGAGGAGUCUUCCACAGAGUCAGCCACCACUAGAAUUCGUGCCCCCAGCAACACCCCCUGCUAGGCACCAGUGGGUACCCGAUGAGACUGAGAACAUCUGCAUGGUCUGCCGCAGAGAGCACUUCACCAUGUUUAAUAGGCGUCAUCACUGUCGCCGCUGUGGUCGGCUAGUGUGCAGUUCCUGCUCCACUAAGAAAAUGGUGGUGGAAGGCUGCCGAGAGAACCCUGCUCGUGUGUGUGACCAGUGCUAUAGUUACUACAACAAAGAUGUGCCACAGGAGAAUCCAGGACAGUUGGAAGGUUCCCCGUCCUACUACCUGGUGCUCCUUGCCUCUAGACAGCUGCUAUUAACAAUUUGGCCUAUAUCCUUCACAGCAGCGCCAGACAGCUCCAAGAGUGAAAGCCCUCCGUUCUCAGCUGUGGUGAGAGUCCCCAAAGCAGCUGAGCUGGAAUGGACUUUGGAUCUGAACGAGGAGGAAAAUGAGCUGGUGCGGAGUGAAUUUUACUAUGAGCAGGCCCCCAGCGCCUCUUUGUGCAUUGCCAUCUUGAAUCUGCACCAGGACAGCAUCGCCUGUGGCCACCAGCUGAUUGAGCACUGCUGCAGGCUGUCCCAGAGCCUCACCAACCCAGAGGUGGAUGCAGGGCUGCUCACAGACAUCAUGAAGCAGCUGCUCUUCAGUGCCAAGAUGAUGUUCGUCAGGGCUGGCCGGAGCCAGGACUUGGCUCUUUGUGACAGCUACAUCAGCAAGGUAGAUGUACUGAAUAUUUUAGUUGCUGCUGCCUAUCGCCAUGUGCCAUCCCUGGAUCAGAUCUUGCAGCCAGCUGCAGUAACCAGGCUACGGAACCAGCUUUUGGAAGCCGAGUACUACCAACUCGGUGUUGAGGUCUCCACAAAGACUGGGCUUGACACCACUGGGGCAUGGCACGCUUGGGGCAUGGCCUGCCUCAAAGCUGGGAACCUCACUGCUGCGCGGGAGAAGUUCAGCCGCUGCCUGAAGCCCCCUUUAGACCUCAAUCAGCUGAGUCAUGGCUCAAGGUUGGUGCAGGAUGUGGUUGAAUACCUGGAGUCCACAGCAAGGCCCCUUGUGUCCUUGCAAGAUGACGAUUACUUUGCUACCUUGAGGGAGUUGGAAGCUACCCUUCGGACCCAAAGCCUCUCCUUGGAGGUGAUUCCUGAGGGAAAGACCAUGCACAACACCUACUACCAGGAAUGCCUCUUCUACCUGCACAACUAUAGCACCAACCUGGCCAUCAUCAGCUUCUACAUGAGGCACAGCUGCCUGCGGGAAGCCCUGCUGCACCUCCUCAACAAGGAGAGUCCUCCAGAAGUCUUCAUAGAAGGCAUUUUCCAGCCGAGCUAUAUAAAUGGGAAGCUACAUAUUUUGGAAAACUUGUUAGAAUCCAUUGAUCCAACCUUGGAAAGCUGGGGAAGGUACUUGAUUGCUGCCUGCCAACAUUUACAGAAGAAGAACUACUACCACAUUCUGUACGAGCUGCAGCAGUUUAUGAAGGACCAAGUUCGGGCCGCCAUGACCUGUAUUCGGUUCUUCAGUCACAAAGCAAAUUCAUAUACAGAACUAGGAGAGAAGCUCUCGUGGCUGCUUAAGGCCAAGGACCACCUGAAGACCUACCUCCAAGAAACAUCCCGCAGCACCGGAAGAAAGAAAACCACCCUAUUCCGAAAGAAGAUGACUGCAGCUGAUGUGUCAAGGCACAUGAAUACACUCCAGCUGCAGAUGGAAGUGACCAGGUUCUUACAUCGGUGUGAAAGUGCUGGGACCUCUCAAGUCACCACCUUGCCUCUGCCAACCCUGUUUGGAAAUAACCACAUGAAAAUGGAUGUGGCCUGCAAGGUCAUGCUGGGAGGGAAAAGUGUAGAAGAUGGUUUUGGAAUUGCAUUUCGUGUUCUCCAGGACUUCCAGCUGGAUGCUGCUAUCACCUAUUGCAGAGCUGCCCGGCAGUUGGUGGAGAGAGAGAAAUACAGUGAGAUCCAGCAACUGCUCAAGUGUGUCAGUGAGUCAGGCAUGGCAGCCAAAAAUGACGGGGACACCAUCCUCCUCAACUGUCUAGAAGCAUUUAAGAGAAUUCCACCCCAGGAGUUGGAGGGCCUGAUCCAGGCAAUCCACAAUGAUGACAACAAGGUUCAGGCUUACCUAACGUGUUGCAAACUGCGUUCCGCCUACCUGAUUGCCGUGAAGCAAGAACACUCAAGGGCCACUGUGCUCGUCCAGCAGGUGCAGCAGGCCGCCAAGAGCAGCGGGGAUGCCGUAGUGCAAGAUAUCUGUGCCCAGUGGCUUCUAACAAGCCACAUCCGGGGAGCCCAUGGCUCAGGCCCCAAGAAGUGACUGUGUGCAGUAAGGCCAGAAAAAUGCAGCCUGAGAACUGUGGCAACAGGAGUAAUGGGGAUGCCCCCAUCUCUUUCUUCCUGGGGAGUAGGACUCCCUCAUCUCUGCCCCCUGGUCAGAAGCAACUAGACUAGACCCUCCUUGCCACCUUGGGCCAGGAUGGGACCUUUCACACAAGUGCCAUAUUUCUGUAAAAUUGUGGGGUCUGUAUGUUUGUCUGGGGAUGGCCAGUUCUUUCUACCUCAGUGAGUGAGUGAGUGAGUGAGUGUACACGCAUGUGCACUCAUGUAUACACCUGAGCAUUUCUGAACAAAUGAAUCUCUUCCAUUGAGAAGAGGCACUUUAUUUUAGCCUUUUGCUAGUCUGAAAACCUUCCCUGUAUUUUGGUUCUUAACCCGGGUCAUCCUGUUUGUACACACCCCCCUCCAUGUGGAGACACUUUAGUAGCUCCUCUUAACUAGAGGGGUUUUACAGAAAAUUAUCAAGCAACAUCAAAGGAUUGCCUCUUUUUCCCUUGCUUUCCUUCCCAAAAUUCAGAGAUAGCUUUGGGGCCAGUAUUAUCUGUGGACUAAAACUGUUUCCCAAGUGUCUUCUCUGACAAGCACAAGGAGUUAACUGGAGUCUUUGGAAGGUAGUGUGAGCGCAAGGGUGCCAGCACCUGAAAGCUACAGGUACAGAUUCAAGUGGUCAGGCCUGGGAGCCUGAUAUACAGGCAGGACAGGCACCAUCACUGUAACCCAGAGGAGAGGAAUACGUGAACCUCUCCAAUAAGGACACAUGCGAGUUGAUCACAAGCACAGAGCUAUCUCGUUUGAACAUCCCUGCUGCAAAGUUGAUGGGUGAGAGAAUGUAGCUCCCUUUUUGAAAGUCAGGGGAGAGGAAAAUGACAGCCAGGAUCCUGGGACCAAAUGGCUAGACUUUCCCUAUUUGAGUUACAGUCCCUUGAGUGCCCCCUUGAAUUGGCUAGGAAACCACUUCCUCCUCUCUCCUGCUUCCCUUCAACUCUUCAGGACCAAGGGAUGGAUAUGCAGAUACCAAGGGGUAAUUGGGAAAGCAGUGUGCUCCUUUUCUGUGUCUUAGAGUCUGAGUAGGGUCUAUGGGACAAGAGAAUGAGGGAACAAAGAGUAGGUCAAGUGCCAUUGGUGGAAAACUAGGUGAAGUGCUUCUUCAGUAUGCACUAGCUUGUCUUCCCACCAGAGAGGUGACUGUUUUAGGAAGGGCCUGGCAUUCUCAGUGACUGAUCUGCAAAUGAGGGGGCCUAAAUAAAACCUCAGAGCCUCUCACCAACCAGAACUCAGUCUGUUGAUCUCACUUUGGAUGCUGAGGCAAAUGGGAACUGGAAGCUGAAGUUUGUAUCUCUGGUGCUUAGAAACCCUGUGGAUUUCGCACCUAGCCAAGUUUUUAAUAAUAAAAUAAACAGCUAUUAUGGGCAUCUGUCAGAUUAAAAAUUUUAAUCCCAUUACAGAGGGGAAAAACUCAAGGAAAAUACUAGGUCCCUUUUGGAGAAAGUUCAGUGAGUGGCUUCUUCUUCCUUGAGUCAUGGAAUGGAUCUGUCUCCCAGGAAACAUGAUUCCCUGGCAUCUGCUUUUCCUUCUAAGUCUGCCCUUUUUGCACUGACCAUUAAGCACUUUAUAUAAUGGGUUGCAAAUUUUGUAGCCCCUAAUUUGGGAUAUUAAGACCAGACUUUCCUGACUUUUUCUCUAACUAGUUGAACUAUAAAAUAAGCAGCCAUUGACCAGACUGACAUAAGAUGAGGCCAAAGGCCUUUGAGCAUCACACUGUGGUUCAGAAAAAAGAAAAAAAUAUGUACAUAAGAAGGGUUGAAUGUUUUACUACAAGCAAGGCACAAUAAAGUGUUUGUCCUACAA